ACAAAGUUUAAACUAUAUGGGUUUAAGUGCUAUUUAGCCAAAAUAAAAGGACAUUUUGCUUAAAUAUGACAUAGGACAAAUAUUUGAAGAGCCAAACUUUAAUUUAAAAAAAAAAGAAAAGAGGAAGGUCUGCAUGUUGAAUCUUAAGCUAAAAGCAGAAUAAUUAAUAAAAGGUUGCUCCUACGCAACUGUUUCAAACUUCAAACUUUAAAUUCUUUUUUCAGCUCAACAAAACCUAAAUUAAUGUCUGAAACCGACCAAUAAUUCAAAUCAAACACCGCCUUCGAUGCCGAACCGGAUUCCUCUGUUCAUCUAUGGAAGAAGACGAUGAAGAAGAAGUAGAGUUUUUUAGUUCAUAUAGCGUCUGAUCUUAUGUUUAUAUCUUCUGUGUUGUUGUAAGAGAUAUUUUUUUUUUUUUUUUUUUUUUUUUUGAGUUGAAUGUUGUUUUGAAAAUGGCGGUGAGAGACAAAAGGGAUAUUUCCAUAAACCCUGUAAUAAUAAAAUUCGGGUUGGCUUUGGCUUUGUCUAUUGGUGGGAUUGUCUACACAUUUUUCAGAAGCAAAAGAAUUAAACCCUCCGAGCCAAAACCUUCACUGCCUAAUCCAGGUAAGAACAGUCGGGUUGAUUCAAGAGAAGAUAUCGAUCGUGCGUUGCAGGAUAUCUCUCUCCUAAAAGUGUCGCCUCGGAAUUCGAUUUCCGAUAAUCUCCCCUCAAGUCGUAGGAGCAAUGAAGACAGAGGCGGCGAUUUUCUCUCACACGAGCUCAAUCAGCUUGUAAGAGAAUACGAGACAGCUGUCACAACCGAUGAUGUUUCUCCGGGGACAAACAUGCAAUCCUUAGAGGAACACGAGAUAGAGAUUAGGAAUCUACGAAGUAAGGUUGAAAUUCUCGAAGAACGAGAGAUACUCCUGGAAAAUCAACUGCAUAUGUGCCACUACGACCUUCGAGCAGAGGAAUCUGCUGUAGCGGAGCUCCAAAACAGGCUACGAUUGCACAACAUGGAGGUCAAACAAUACAACCUUAAAAUCGAGACGUUGCAGUUGGAUAAAAUAAAAUUAGAGGAAAAAGUGGCGGAUUAUGCAAACGUUGUGAAAGAGCUCGAAUCCGCGAAAGCAAAGAUAAAGAUGCUGAGGAAGAAACUUACGUUUGACGCCGAACAGAAUAGAGAGCAGAUUUUGAACCUUAAGGAAAGAGUGAUGAAGAUACAGAACCAAGAAAAGAAAGGUUUCGAAAUCAGUCGAGAUUUGAAAUUGGAGGAGGAUUUUGAGGAGAUGAAGAAGUGUAACUACAGGUUGAAGAUGGAGAAUUUUGAGUUGGCUCAGAAAUUGGAGUUUGCACAAACGCGGGUUGCGUCCGAUUUAGACGAUAAAGAGAUACAAGCACUCAAAGAAGAGAACCAGCUUUUAAGACAGCAAAAGGACGAUUUAAGUAAAGAAAUCGAGCAAAUGCAAUCCGACCGUUGCACGGACAUCGAAGAGCUCGUCUACCUCCGAUGGAUCAACGCUUGCCUGCGCUACGAGAUGCGAAAUCACCAGCCUGCCGCCGGUAAAACCAUCGCGAGGGACCUGAGCAAAACAUUAAGCCCCGAAUCGGAGAAGAAAGCCAAACAGCUCAUACUCGAAUACGCACACAAAGAAGGCACGGGCCCCGCAGAUAUCAAUAUAACCGACUUCGAUUCGGACCGGUGGUCCUUUUCUCAAGGCUCGUACGAUGAUUUGUUCGUCGAGAAUUCGUCGGAGAAUAAAACAAACCAUCCAACGAAAACGAGAGUCUUUGGCAAGUUGAUGAAGCUAUGGCGAGGAAAAGACAGCCUAAAUCAUAUUCAGACAACAUUAGAUGUGUCUGAAAACGAGAGUGGUGGUGGUCUUGUGAAGACGACGAGAACAUCUUCCGUGGGGGGUAGGUCUGCACAUUCUCUUGAUAUACAGAGAUCUUCUUAUUCACGGGGUCCGAAGAGUACGAAUGGAGAAAGCAGCAAUUGUUCUAGAAGAAUUAGUGAAGAUGGUUCGUUGAGUAUAUUCAAAACAAUCGACUCAGAAUACGAUGAAAGCCAUCAAAAUGCUCAAAACGAUGCAGAGAAGAAAGAAUUGGUGAAAUAUGCCGAAGCACUUAAGGGCUCUCGUGUGAAAUCACAGUAUGGCCGAAGAUCAGCCUCGUUUGCCUUGUAAGAAAACGGGAUUUGUUGCGAAGAGUUAUGUUAGUUAGGAAUGUUUAUAUAGUUUGUGUCUCGAUUUCAAUAUAGAAAUAAAAGAAAGAAAGAGAGAUAGCUGUAAAGAAAUAGCAUUGUUGAAAUAGUGUAUUUCAAGUUCUCUGUACCGAUCUAAACAUUGAAGUGUAAUAAGUGAAGGAAAGUUUUACGAGACGAAA